AUGGCCAUUGAAGUUUUCCCUCUCACCGAGGCAGACAUCCCCGAGGCGAUCGAGGUGAUCCAGCAAGCAUUCGCAGACGAUCCGUACUUCAAAUGGGUUUUUAAUCCCACCAAGUUCAACAAACAGAGAAACUAUGACUCACUUGAAGCACGUUGCAGAUGGGGCAUCAAAAACGCCAUCUUCCAAGUCGCCAAAGAAGUGCCCCCAGCAGGGAAAGAAGACGACACCAGCGCCCGUUCACCUGUGCUGGGUGUUUCGUGCUGGCUGGCGCCGCAUCCCGCCACGGAACCUGAGAGCUGGUACAGCUGGGCGCAGGGCUGGGUCCUGUCGUUUCGACAGCUCCUGAACAAUGUGUGCCACAUAGGCAGGGGCGGCCUCAACAUUCGCCGUUAUUGGAUCUGGAAGGAUUGUCAGCGGGAGGCGCAGAGCCAGAUCUGGGACGAUCCCCGGGGUUACUAUUUCUGUAACAUUGUGGCAGUCAGCCCGGCCGCGCAGGGAAGGGGCAUUGGAAAGAAGCUGUUCGAGGCUGUUACUGAUCGAGCGGAUGAGGAAGGUGUAAAGUGCUAUUUGGAGAGUUCAAAGAAUGUUCCCAAUGUGGAGAUCUAUCGGCGCAUGGGAUUCGAGAUGGCCAAGGAGAUGGAGUGCAGGGACGGAGAGGAUGUGUGCAUGCUGCAGCUGUAUUGUAUGGUUCGAGGUCCGAAGCCAAAGUGUUGA